CAUAAACAGAGUUGGAGUGCAGUAAAACCUUGUUGGCCGUUUGAGUUCUCAUCUUCUUCCCUGUAUCUCAAUCCACACAGCUAUAGUGUGCAGUAAUUAUGGGAAAAGACGGAAAGGCGGGAGGAAAGGGUAAGGGAAAACAAGCAGCAGGUGGUAGUGAUGAAAGUUCUGGAAAGGGCAAAGGGAAAGGUGGGAAGGCAGCAGAUGGCCUUGGUACCUGCACAUAUGUCAAAGCUAGGCAUGUUUUAUGUGAGAAGCAAGGAAAAAUUAAUGAAGCAUACAAGAAGCUGCAAGAUGGCUGGCUUAACAAUGGAGACAAGGUGCCACCAGCUGAAUUUGCAAAGAUAGCAGCUGAAUACUCAGAGUGUCCAUCUGGCAAGAAAGGUGGAGAUCUAGGAUGGUUUCCGCGUGGCAAAAUGGCUGGUCCAUUCCAGGAAGUUGCCUUCAAUACACCUGUUGGGGUGACCAGUGCACCAUUUAAAUCAACGCAUGGGUACCACAUUAUAUUGGCCGAAGGGAGGAAGAACUGAGAAUCCUUACCGUUCAAAAGGAAUACUAUUUUAGGGUGGCAUAGUUAUGGAAGUGAUGUACUGAUUAUCUUGCAAGAUGUUUGGCCCUAUAAUGGGAACAAUGACUUGAUGUUGGAUGUUCUUCCCUAUAACUGUCGGUCUGUCAUAAAAUAUUCUUCACUGUUUUAUGUUGCUAUAUCUUUUUUUUUUC